GAGAAAGUCACGUGAUCUUUGUUUUCCAGGGCAGCUGUAUUUUUGUCCGGAGCGCUGUCAGGUCGACCGACCUCAAAAACACAGAUGUGAAGAUUUGUGAGAAUUUAAAUGAUUUAAACGCAUCGCCGGGUCCGCGGGGCUGCUGCUCACAGACUGAGCUGUGAGAUCAGAGACUGUAGAUAUUUUAAUGUGUGUUUUAAAGCCCGGUAAAGGAGUACAAGAGACGCGGCUGUGUUAGCCACAUCGCUAACCUAAAUGAACGGUGUGUGUUUCAGAGCUGGAGCCUCACCGGUGGAAGAAGUGAGAUUACCCGCAGCGGCGGAUGAUUUAAUACAUUCUUAGAAACAGUUACUCUGAUUUUCUGGCGGUAGUCUGGAGAACACUGGUGAACUUGUGUAGGCUGAUGGUGAACCUAGCUACUAACUGAGCCUAUCAGUACCCACAAUCCAGCUAGCCCAGCUCUCCUCUCCAAGAGAAUUCAUGGCAAAUCUAUGCAAAUAAGAAAAAGGAUGCACCAUCCUCCAAGAACCAUUGGACCAAAUGUUGACCUCAAUAAACUAAAGGAAGCAUGACUUUCAGAUGGGUCCCAGAUUCAUAUGUGCAGUCACUGAACAGGGCUGUGUACUUAUGGCACACACAAGGCCAGAGGGUUAUGAACAUCUCCUUCCAUCCGUUGUGUAAUCCAACUUACCGACUUUACGCCAAAAGGCCUUUUAGCUACAGAGACAGUCAUCAUAUCUGGAAGCACGUCCACGACCAAAAGAGUAGAAUUCGGAGAGUGUGCCCCUGUAGGGAUGGUUCCCGCAGGCACAAGAUUUUGCUCUACACCAGCAUUUCCAGUUUCAAUACCUCAACCUCCCUUGGGUCCACAGACCUGAGCCAUCGCAUGUUACGACUAAAGAGCACUUUGGAGUCGGUCUCAAAGGUUGUGAGUGGAACACAAGCUGAGAUUAUCUCUAAGAUAGCUCGUCUCAAAUCGAGUGCCAGACAGGAGAAGAGAGAGGGCGAGUCAAGGCCUGAGACGACACCACUUAAAGAUCAAAGCACUGGAUCUGGAGAUUUGGCAGCUUCACCUACACUUGUACCUCAUCCUCCAUCCGCUACUGUAACCUCACAUCCAGACACAACCCCAAGACUACCUACUGAAGCACCGUCAGUCCCACCUCAGCUUGUCCAGGAACAAAGGGAAGUGAAAAAGAAAAGAUCUGUGGGCCAAACCUCUAAAGUGAGUGGAGUAGCCACAAGCAAGUCUUCCCAAGCUCAGGCAGGAGACCUUGCAGCUCAACCCGAGAGCCCCACUGCAUCCAAAUCGACUUCAAAUCAACUCUUCCACCCUGGUUCUUUUAGUGUCAACGUAGGCGAAACCUACAACUACCUAUCCCAUCAUAUCAAUGCUUAUUUUCGCAGCUCCACUAAAGCGCAAGAGAAUCAAGAGGCCAAAGACGCCACUGAUCAGCCAUCCUCUUCCAUACCUGAUCAGUGCCACCAGAACAGUGACCACACACCCACCACUGUGCCUGCAAAGGUCCAGACAUCACCCGCAACACCUGCACCGCUCCCAGCGCCAAGUCCUACUUCCCCUUCCAAAAAGAGCAUUGGCCAUUAUCUGGGGUACUCUACACCUACAGUCCAGGCCUUUGUAGGGAGCUACAUUGCUCCCCUUGUUCCUAGGUUUAGAGCAGAGCCAAAAACUGCACUGCCCGUGGCAGAUAACCCUCCUUCCCCUGAGGACCCCACUUCAAAACAGAAGGAAACGCCAGAGAUUAAAGAGCAGAAAGCGGCAGAUGAAAAGGCACGGAGACUGCUGAUUCAAAGAGAGAAGAUCAUUGCUCGGGUCAGUGUGGAUAAUCGGACACGAGCACUGGUGCAGGCCUUACACAGAGCAUCAGAUGUCAGGCUUUAUAUCAGCAGAGUGGAGGAUCUGAGCUACCACCUCCUGGAGUUCCCUGAGACCAGACUAGUGGCUGUAAAGGAGAUGGUGAUUCCGUGUCUCCUGCGCCUGAGGCAGGCCAGUGAUCCGUCUCUAAAGGAAGCGGUCAGAGAGGCCCUUACCCUGGUGGGCUACAUUGACCCUGUAAAGAACAGAGGAAUACGCAUAUUAUCUAUCGAUGGAGGGGGCACCAGGGGUCUGGUGGCACUUCAGACUUUACAAAAGCUGGAGGAGCUGUCAGGAAAACCCAUUUACCAGCUUUUUGAUUACAUCUGUGGGGUGAGCACAGGUUCUAUUUUAGGUGUCAUGCUUGGCGUGCUCAAUAUCCCUCUGAGUGAGUGUGAGGAGCUGUACAAGAAGCUGAGCUCUGAUGUCUUUAAGCAGAAUGUUAUUGUGGGAACAGUGAAAAUGGGCUGGAGUCACGCCUUCUAUGACAGCGAGGUCUGGGAGAAAGUACUAAAGGAAAAGAUGGGAUCUGAUCUUAUGUUUGAAACGUCAAGAAACCCUGAUUGUCCAAAGGUGGCAGCAGUGAGCACAGUGGUAAAUAAGGGCACUCCAUUAAAAGCGUACGUCUUCAGGAACUACAAUUUGCCACCUGGAGUGCGCUCCCAUUAUCGAGGUGGCUGCCAGCACAAGAUGUGGGAGGCCAUUAGAGCAUCCUCAGCCGCUCCGGGGUACUUCCAGGAGUUUGCUCUGGGAACCGACCUCCACCAGGAUGGCGGUUUGCUAAUAAACAAUCCGACUGCUCUGGCGAUCCACGAAUGCCAGUGUCUGUGGCCAAACACUCGUCUGCAGUGCGUGGUGUCUCUCGGUACAGGGCGCUUUGAGGCUCCCAGCAAGAACGCCGCCACCUACACCAGCCUGAAGACCAAGCUGACCAACGUCAUCAGCAGUGCUACAGAUACAGAGGAGGUGCACACUAUGCUGGACGCCCUGCUGCCUCCCCACACGUAUUUCCGCUUCAACCCGUACAUGAGUGAGGAAGUGGCGCUGGACGAGAGCCGCAGCGAGAAGCUGAACCUGCUGCAGGUGGAGGGAAUGCGUUACCUGGAGCGCAAUGAGGAGAAGCUGAAGCGAGCCAUCCGCACCCUCGCACAGGAGAAGAGCUCAGCUCAGAGGCUGGUCGAGUGGGUCCAGCUCAAAGCGCACAUGUACGACGGCCUGACAGGCUUCUCAAAACCGUAGCGGUGCAUGGGCGCUGUUUCCACUAUCACAGCAUAUUGUAGCCUGCAGUAAAAUAUUUAUUGAUAAAGCACGUUCUGAUAAUGCCUCCUCUAAGGGCUUGCGUUACUGUGUUUGAGGAUUAUAGCAGCAUCCUGGACACAGGCUGAAAUUCCCAGCUGAAUAAAUGACCUCUGAAAUGCUGAGGGACUAGCUGUAAGAAUAGCUGUUCCUUAUGGAGCUGAUAAUGUUUAUCAGUCCUCAAACAUAUGACAGAAUCCCCCAGACUGCUAAAACCACACAACAGUACUUUAGUCUUCCUUAAACAAACGCUGUAUAGAGUAGAUUGGUGUUUUGCUAGAAGAAGCCAUGGGAAAAUAUCUGAAAUUGCUUCUAGAUUUCAUUAUAUUUAUACUUAUUUCACAAUAAUCACUACAGGGGAAAACGUGUGUGAAGCUGCAUUGGAACCAAGAGGAAUUGUGAUUAAACCGAGACUGUAAUAUUAGGUCAGUUUUUAUGAUCCUUUAAUGAUUUUUAAAAAUCUAAGCUAGCAACUUCAUGUGCAACUUAAUAGAGAAUAUUCCAAAGACUAAAAGCAAAGCAAAAGUGAUUUCACAUUUGAUUGCAGACAGUAUAAACCAAAUAUUUGAUAUUUUGUCUGGUCGACUAUAUUAAUUUUUUUUUUAUAAAUAAUUUUCUUUCUAAUUUUUCCCCAUUUACUUCCCAUUUUACAUGGCCAAUUACUCAACCCACUCAUUAGGACUCCCCCUAUCAUUAGUGAUGCCCCAACACCAGGAGGGUGAGGACCAUCACAUGCCUCCUCCAAUACAUGUGAAGUCAGCCACCGCCUCUUUUGACCUGCUGCUGAUGAACCGCUCGGAGGAAAGCGCAGCGAUUCUGUUCUGAUACACCAGCUCACAGAUGCCUGGUGCUGAUCAACAUCACCCUUUGGAGUGAGGUGCGGAGAGAGUGCCAUCUAACCACCCAGAGAGAGCAAGGCCACUCCUGCUAUACAUCCUUUUUUUUUAAAACUAACAUGAAUACAGAUUUUCUACCAAAUCUUGUUCAUUACACUCCUGUUUACAUCACAUGUUUUAAAUCACAUAUUUAUUUAGAUUUUUAACCUCUUUACUAGCCCCAUCUAAUGCCCUGUCUCAUCAUUUAGUUGUAUGAAGUUGGAGUAGUCGGCAAAAGUUUGUAUUCACGGUCAUGUGAAUACCCCAAGUCCAUUUCACACUGGAUUUCUCCUUUAACAAAUCAAGUUGAACGGACAAAAAACUAAAUGCUUUGGUUCAUACUGUCUGCAUUUGUUAGUAAAAAAGAUUACUAUAAAUAAUAAGUAUUAGUAUUAUGCACUUUUUUAUCUUUUCUCAUUUUUUUGGAUGGAUGUUAUCUGCAUUAGAGAUUCUGAGAUUUACACAAAAAAGCAAUGAAUAUACUGAAUCCACAAUGUACAGCAUCUCUACAAUCUACACUUUAAAACACAUCAGGGCUUUUGCUUGAUAUCCCUACCACUGUGUUCUUCAGAUAGACAGCUGGCAUAUUCUUAUAACAUUUGUUGAAGUGAAAGCCCAACUAACCUCAGCACACAGGGAAACAUAAUUAUACAGUGAAGUCUAUUAUUAUUUAAAGAAUACUAGUCACUAAAUAUGUAUGUAUAGUAAGGCAUUUAUAAGCUGCAUUGAUGCUUGCAUGCUUCAUUUUUUUGUGUGCACCAGUUCUCCUCUAAAAGAAGGUAAAUAUAAAAUUAUGAUCCUAGAAAUUCUAGGAAAAACCUUUUUCGUCUUGCAAACUUUUGCAGUGUGUAUAUAAAAAAUGAGAAGUGUGUAUACAAAAAGUCAUUGAAUUUUUUUAAUCAUAAUAUUAAUAAUUGGUAAAAAUUGAUACAAACCUCUUGACCACAUGCAUGUAUCCGAUGAUGGAAGGGUUACAAUCUUUGAAGAUUUAUUUUGUUGAUUAAUUGCUGUAAUUUCUUGUGACUGUGAAUUGAUUGGCUUAAAUAUUAUUUUGGAAAAUGUUUAGCAGGCGAGACAUUAGAGUAUUUUAUUUUAUUUUAUAGUAUUUUAUAGUGUAUUUUUAUUUUAUAUUUAGAGUGUAAUUCAAAGAACAUAAAAAAAUCAUUUUGGCUACAUUCACACAGCAGGUAAAUUGACCUAAAUCUGUUUUUCCUCACUAAAUCCGAUGUUUAUUUUAGGCUGGUCACAUUAUCUUUUUCAUGUGGCCUUUAUCUGACGUUUGUCUGAACAGUUCCUUCUGUAUAAGUUAUACAGCAUCACAGGAGCUAUCAAGGGGUUUCAGUGGCUGACAACUAAAUGUGUUUUGUAAAACAACUAAAAGAUCUUUGUAAAUAGAGAACAGUAUUUAGCCAUGGUAACUUCUGAAGCCUGCGUUAUUCAUGUGUGGCCACAUAUGCUCAAUUAUUUGUGGUAUCAUCAAAUAUGAUCAGAAAGGGAAGUAACAUGUUACGUUGAAGCAGUAAAAAAAAAAUGAACCAAUCACACGACCCCACACACAGACCUUGGAGCAGAUAGCUUCAACACCAGCAGCAGACCACACACGAGUUUACUAAAAACAAACCCUAGACCACUGAUUUCAGUAGGACCAGAGAUUGGUAUUGUGAACUACUUCUGGCCUCGAAAGCAGCUUUCACAUUUGACCAAAAGUACAGAACCCACUGAGAAAGCGCACCAGUGUUCUUAAAAAUAUAUAAAAAUAUAUAUAUUGUAUGCAUCAGAUUUCAAACAAAGUAUAAAUUAGCCCAGAUUCAGUACACUGCAACAGACUGAACAAAUCCAUGUCACAUAGGCCAAAAAAGGUCAGAUUUGGGCCACUACCUGCUAUGUGAAUGUAGCAUUUUGAGUUGCAAAAUUAAAAAAAAAAAAAAAGUUUUAAGUUGAGUGCAUUAUACCAAACCAGAACAACCUCACAUACUAACAUAUUACUUUAUAUUUUUCUUUUAUUUAUUCCUUAAAGGGAACUUAUGUAAGUUGAGUUUAUGGUUUUCUUCUGAGGACUGACAAUAGUUUAUAACCAACAGUCAUCUCUUAUCUGCACAGAUUUGCAGCGUGUUAUACUAUGCUGUUUUGAUUUUGUUUUGAUGAUUUGAUUGCCCCAUAGAAUAUAAUUGCUUGGCUAAAUCUGUUUUGUUCAUCCUCUUUUUAAAAGUGAAGAUGAAUGGCAUUAUUAGAAAGCCACUGUAGUACAGUAUUUGCAGAUAAGCUGGGUUUAAAUGCUGAUAAUUUACCAUUUGAAGAACUUGAAUUUGAAGUGACUCCUGGGGUUGAGUACUAUGCACUUAUGCAUAUGCAUUUAUGUCAUUUGUUUCAAUAGAAUGCAGAUUGACUUCAGUAGUUAUUUAAAGGAUGGUGUAGUGGUGGUGCCUGAAGCAAGUUUGAAGACUGACGUUGUAUUUGCCAAAUACUGUAUAAGAAAUGUGGCUACACUAGUUAGACUAGAUACAAUAGCUAGUUAUUUGCUGACUGAAGAAGUGUGAGGGGUCCUGUACCUGUAUCAUCUGGGGAUGGAGGGUGAAAGCAUGUGAAGCAGUUAAAGGAUAUACUCUGGUCCUCAGUCCUCCUCCUGAACAGCUACUUUUUCUUUUAAUAAGUGCAGCAGUGGAGCUGUCCUCUCUAGCUUUUGAUCUACAGUAUACAGCUCUGGAAAAAAAUUUAAAGAACACUUCAGUUGCUGAAUCAGUUUGACUGAUUUUGCUAUUUAUAUUUAUAUGUUUGCAUAAAAUUAACAUUGUUGUUUUAUUUUAUAAACCACAGACAAUAUUUCUCCCAAAUUCCAAAUAAAAAUAUUGUCAUUUAGAGCAUUUAUUUGCAGAAAGAGAUGAAAUGGCUGAAAUAACAAAAAUGCAGAGGUUUCAGUUCAUAUUCAUGAAGUUUUAAGAGUUUAGAAAUCAAUAUUUGGUGGAAUAACCCUGGUUUUUAAUCACAGUUUUCAUGCAUCUUGGCACGUUCUCCUCCACCAGUCUUACACACUGCUUUGGAUAACUUUAUGCCACUCCUGCUGCAAAAAUUCAAGCAGUUCAGCUUGGUUUGAUGGCUUGUGAUCAUCAAUCUUCCUCUUUAUUAUAGGGGAAGAGGUUUUCAAUUUGGUAAAAUCAAGGAUUAACAUCAUCAUUUUGAAGUGGUCUUUUAUUUUUUUCCAGAGCUGUAUCUAAUCAUCCAGUAUUAGGAUCUGGCCUCAUUAAUGCUAUCAUGGCCGAAUGCUAUUAAACCUUCAUAGCAGUUUUCCAAAAUCUGAUGUAAAGCCACAGAGGGAUGCAAAGGGACAACAGACUUCCUGCUACUAUUCUUGAUUUCAGGAACAGUUCUGGAGGAGCAGGUACCUACAUACUUUUGGACUUUUUUGGGCACUUAGUGUAUCUUCCUGCAGUUUUAACCCCAACUCACUGUUCAUCCAAUUCAAGACUUUUGAAUGCAUUCACUUAUUGAAUUAUGUGUUGGGGCUUAGUGUUGAUUUCAAAGUUCUUCAGGAGCAGGGUUGAAGACCACUGUUUAAACAAUGGGCUUGUUCACACUCUGCACAAACAAGGGUCCUGGGUGAUCUAAUGGUUGCCAAAAAGUUGCCAAAAAUAUGUUCCUAUGAUCGCUUGUGAUUGGGUUUCUCACAUUAUGUCCACUGGAGGACAGGCAGGUUACAGGUCACAGACUCUCAUCCCAUGGACAGAAACAUUUUUAAUUGGGACGAUGCUUUGAAGUUUGUCUGUAACCACCUCCAAACAUUGGACUACAAUACAUCUUGGAUCCUUGGAGCAGUGGUUAAGAAUGCAUUGCAGUGACUUGUGGAUAAUUAAGGGCAACAAAGGAUAAAGAUGUGAUCAGUUGCUGCUUUUAAACUGCUUCGAACUUAAGCUGCAUUUCUUGGCAGUAUGUGAAGGUUCAAUCACUUUGGAGCACCCUUCUGUGAUGCAUGGUCGAGAAAUGCAGUCCAUCUCGAUUGUUGCCUGGGCUUUGAAGCGCAGCUAAUGACCGUGUGACCACACCAUCCUCUGUCAGCAAGCUAAUAGGGCGGCACGUGACUUAGUGGUUAGCACGUUCCUCUCCCAGCACUGGGGUCUUGGGUUCAAGUCCAUGGAGUUUCCAUGUUCUCCUUCUGUCCGUGUGGGUUCCUCCCACAGUCCAGAAACAUGGAGAUCAGGUAAAUUGGAUGUUCUAAAUUGUCAUGGUGCAUGGGUGCUGUUGUCUAAGUAUGUAUGUGUAUGUGUAUGACUGUAUGCCCGGAUAUGUAUUGGCAGCCUAUGCAGUCCUCCAGUUGUUUCCGGUUGAGAGUAUGCUGUGCGCAAUUGGCUGCCGCUUGUCCCUAAAAACAAAAAAAUAGGUAAAAAAAAAAAAAAAAAACGCUUGAAAUUUAAAAGGCCAAAAUAUUAGUACACAAGUUUAAAUCACUUCCUGUAGAUGGUUAAGUGUAAAUUGUCCACCAUAUUCAAAUAUGUGACAACCACCAUCCCACACCAGUGAAUGGUGAAUGAACCUUUGUUAUUGGAUCACCCAGGAUGCAUGUUAAUGCCAAGUGUGAACAGAGCCAAUAGAUGAUUCUUAAAAAAAGCCUGUGGAUUGUAGUAAAUUAUAUUGUAUUAUAUUAUAUGUUUUGUCUAUUGCUAUUGUAUAUAUGCACCUUCACAUCAAGUGUUGCCAUUAUUCUUACUCAAAAAAAGCUUAUUUAGUCUAAUCUAAUCAUGGUCUCCUCCUCACUUCACUCACUGAUGCUGUUCGGAACUUAUUAUUCCUAAAGACUUUUCCAGCUUCACUGUGUGCUGUAGUUCUCCUGCCUCUCUCUCUCUCUCUCUCUCUCUCUCUCUCUCUCUCUCUCUCUCUCUCUCUCUCUCUCUC